CAAUAACAGACCCUUAAAGAUUUUCACCAACCCGGUCAUUCGUGUAAUAAAUAGGGCGUGAAGUCUGUAGCUUUCUACGAGACAUUAAUGCAUACAUUCAAUUUGAUUUGAGAUCAUUUUGUGUGAUUCAAUGACCUUUACUCUAGACCAAACCCUGUUUCUGUGCAUAUGGGGUUUAGACUAGUAGUGAGAGGGUCCUCUAUGUUAUUUUUUUCAAUUGUUUAAUUAAGAUCAUUGAUUAUAUUUAUUCAGAAACUUCCAAGAGUAGGUAGAUAGUUAUUUGGUUUCACAUGGUCAUUAAGACUAACUUUCAUAAAGAAAAUUGAACUUAAGUAAAAUGUGGUUUCAUAAAUAAUGAAGAAUUCAUAUACACUUGAAUACAUACAUAUACAAAGUCAGUGACUUGCAGGUAUCUUUCAUUUUUUCAAGGGUAGAUAUGAUAAUUAAAUCAAGAAACUGGUGUUUGAUUAAACAAUAUGCUGUGAACGUUUGAAAAAAUGGAUAUGUCGUGACUCGUGACAAGUGAUUGAAGUCUUCGUUUGUGGGUCCGUAUAGAAAUUUCACCACAUGGGGAUACUACUAACUCAUUGUUUUUGAGAUUAUUUUAUAUACACAUCCUUUUGAAAAGUAAGCAUUUAAAUUUGUUUUAGCAGUCUUGGGUUAACAAAACUCUUGACUUUAGCUAUUAAAGACUCGUGGAACACAACGACUUUGAUUCCUCUUUUUUUAUAUCAUUUGUUUUUCUUUCUUGUAUUCUCCAACACUAGUCUCCAUAAACAUACUACCAGUUUCUUGAUUCCCAUUUGAUGAGUGAAACUAUAAGUAGAUGUGAAGGUGGUGGUGGUUUGAAUGGAAUGAUUACAUACGACGGCUUGGAAGCUUGUAUUAUCAACAAUCAAUCAUAUGAAGAAGAAGAAGAGAGUGGAACAAACGGAUGCCUGACAGAGUCAUUGGACGAUGAUGCAUUCUCAAGCUGUUCAUCAAGCAAAGAGGCCUCCAGCUCUUUUUCUUCAAAAUGGUUACCAAUGAAGACUGAAGAACGCAGUUGCGAUGGUUUGAACUUACCCGGAAGGUCCAAACAUUUUGAUGGUAAGGAGAAACCAAGCAGCAAUGUCUACUGCCAUUUGGAUGUGGAAGCUAUGAAGGAGAAAUUCUCAAAGCUGUUGCUUGGCGAGGAUGUCACAGGGGGAUGCAAGGGUAUCCAAGUAGCUUUGGCUUUGUCAAAUGCUGUAACACAUCUCGCUAACUCGAUAUUUGGCGAGCUAUGGAAAUUGGAACCUUUGUGUGAGGAGAAGAAACAGAAAUGGAGAAGAGAAAUGGAUUGGCUACUUUCUCCAACUAACUACAUGAUUGAGUUAGUCCCUACUAAGCAAACUGAUGCCAAUGGAAGAUCAAUUGAGAUAAUGACACCGAAAGCACGUGCAGACAUUCAUAUGAAUCUCCCAGCUCUUCAGAAACUGGACUCCAUGCUAAUUGAGAUACUGGACUCAAUGGUGAACACAGAGUUUUGGUAUUCAGAAACCGGUAGUAGGGCUGAGGGGACGAACAAGACAACAAGCGAGAGCAAGAGAUGGUGGCUUCCAUCACCACAAGUGCCCAAACCCGGUCUCUCUAACUCAGCAAGGAAGAAGUUGCUAGACAAGGGCAAAGUUGUUUAUCAAGUCUUCAAAGCUACAAAGUCCAUAAACGAAAACGUUCUUCUUGAAAUGCCAGUACCAUCCGUUAUCAAGGAAGCAAUACCCAAAUCUGGUAAGAACAGCCUUGGUGAUGAACUGUACAAAAUGUUGUUUGCUGAAUCCGCAACCGUAGAUGAGAUCCUUGUUUCUCUCAAGCUGGGGACUGAACAUACUGCAUUGGAGACUGUUAACAAGUUAGAAUCUGCUAUAUUUGCAUGGAAGGAAAGGAUUACAGAGCAAGAGAGCAACAGUAAAUCCCCUGUCAGGACACCGUGGUCAUUCGCUAAAGAUCCAUUGUCUGACACUGUUCGAAAUGAGUUACUCUUGAACCGAGCAGAAGCACUUAGAAGUCAGAUCAAAUCCAAACACCCCAAUCUUCCUCAGUCGUUUCUUGAUGCCACAAAGAUUCAGUAUGGCAAGGACAUAGGUCAUGCGGUGCUUGAGGCAUAUUCACGAACACUUGCUAAUUUGGCGUACAGGAUACUUUCAAGAAUGGGAGAAAUAUUGAAAGAAGAUUCUUUAAGUAACCCAAACUCUCCUGCGCCACCGAGUUGUUUCCCUAGCUCUCGUGAUCUUUACAGAACACCUGAGAGGCCUUUGCUUUCCUCUCGUGUAAGGCAUUCUCUAACAGAUGACAUGAACAAAGCUGAUGGGACAGAGACAGACACUGGUUUAGAUUUCUUGUUCGCAGAUGCUAAGGUCAGUUCGGUGAAUGCAACAACUCCAAGUAGAAGCAGUAGGAUAUGGUGUAUGAGCAAAGUACCGCCUGAUGCUUCCCCUUGAUUUAGAGGGGCUUACUUAAUGUUCGAUGCGUGCCACCUGAAGCUUCUCCUUUUUUUUUUUUCUGUUAGAGGGUCCCUUUAAAUUAUGGAGUCUCAGAUAAUGUAAAUGUAUUCAUAACAUGCUCUUAACUAUGAAUAUUGGCAAUUUUGUUCAUAACUGUGGAGGAAAAAGAAAACAUGAACUUUCAAUUUUAUUAUCUUUUCAAUU